AUGAGUACAACAUUUAGAUAUUCUGCUGCUUCUGAUUUCCAUCAACCAUUAGGUUCUAACAAGAAUAAUGUCUUUGAAAGAAAUAAUUCAACUGUUUCUUCUACUAAUUCAUUGAUGUCAAACAAUUCCGAUACUAAUACUGCUGCUACUGCUGCUACUAGUGGAUCCACUACUAAUAAUGUCAAACGUAUGCAUUCAUCUUUGAUUAGUAAAUAUAAUAGUAAUCGUUCCACAAUUUUUACAAAUGAUACUGAUUCAAUAUCUAGUUCCAUGUCGUAUGACAACAAUUCCACACUUGCUAGCUCAGUAUCACCCAAUUCUCCAGCAAAUCAUCAUUCAAGCAAACAUCAACACCAAUUACCUUCUUAUAUGAUGAAUAAAUCUCCUCAAUAUAUUCAUCAAUCAACAUCUCGUCAUAGUAAUCUUAACAACACUAAUAAUCUUCUUCACAAUACUCAUAGUAAUCAUAGUCAGCAUAGUCAACAUCAACAUAUUUUGAAUGAAGAUUUAGUGACAUUGAAUAGUUCUAUGGAUAAUUUAGAAGAUGGAUUUUAUAAAUUGAUUAGAUUGGAUACAAGAAUAUCAUUUGAAUCAUAUUAUGUUGAACAAAAACAAGAACAAUAUAAAGUCAAAUUGCAAUUAAAUAAACAUCAAAUUGAUUUACUUAGAUAUACCUGGAAUCAAAUGUUAUUAGAAGAAAGUAAUGAAGAUGAAAUUUUUGAUGAUGGUGGUAUUGAUAAUUAUGAUCUUGAUGAAGAAGGCAAUAUUGAAGAAAAUAUUAAUGUUUAUUAUGCCAAUAAUGAUAGUAUUCCUGGUGCUUUCCCCACUGGUUACAAUAAUAGUCGAAGAAGAAUCAUUAAAAGAAAAUCGUCUCGUAAUGUUAAUGGUAGUGGAAGCACAAAUACAAAUACUAUGACGAGACUUGAUUCUACCACUAUUGCAUCAUCAUUAUUUUGUCGACAAUUAUAUUUCAAUUUAUUAAGUAAAGAUCCAACAUUAGAAAAAAUGUUUCCAUCGAUUAAACAUCAAGCAGCUAAUAUGGCCGGGAUACUUUCAUUAACGAUAUCACAAUUGGAAAAUUUAUCAAUUUUAGAUGAAUAUUUAGCUAAAUUGGGUAAAUUACAUUCAAGAGUUUUAAAUAUUGAAGAAGCUCAUUUUAAAUUGAUGGGGGAAGCAUUUGUUCAAACUUUUCAAGAAAGAUUUGGAUCAAAAUUUACUAAAGAAUUGGAAAAUUUAUGGAUCAAAUUAUAUUUAUAUAUUGCUAAUACUUUAUUACAAACUGGGAUUGAUCCAGUAUUAAAAUUGACUCGUUAUGAACUGAAUGGCAGUUUUACAACUUCAACUAAUAUUGAUUUGACUAAUGGUGAUAGUAUACUUCUUGAUGAUACUGAUACUGAUAAUGAUAAUGUCAGUGUUAGUAAUAUUCUAGAUCCAAAACAUCAACAACAACAAUACGGUGGUUCUUCAUUUAAUCAAGAUGAUAAUGAUAACAACAACGAUGGUGGUGUUCAUCCAUCUACAAAUACUGUUGUGCUCACAAAAUCAAAUAUACUGAUCAUUGAAAGUGUAGCACCACAUCAUCAACAACAAAAGAAUAGUUCUGGUUCCUCUGCUGCCACUCCUACAGCUCCUUCAAAGAAGAGUAAAUUCAGUAUUAGAAAAAAGAAAAAGGAAAAUUGUGUGGUUAUGUAG